UAAGGGCUCAGGAAAGAGCGGGGAGAGUAACAAUAGAGAUGCAGCUGGGGGUGGUUCCGGUGAAGAUUUGCCGAGCUGGUGAGGCGAAAAGUUUCAAGUGAACUCUUUAGAAAUAAAGAACAACACCAACAUGAUCAAUUGAUUUGAAAUUGUUUCUGGAGAGUAAAUGGAAUGCUUAAAUCACGCAAAUACCAUUUUCAAAUCUGUCUCUCCUUUAAAUUCUCUCCUAUGGUAAGGCCUCUUUGUUACUGUUCUUUCAAAAAAUCAAGAAAUUCAAAAGCACAAUGGAUUCUCAAGAAGCAGGAAGACAAAAGGUUGAUAUUGAGCAGCCGGUAAGAGAUAAAGAGAGUGAAUGGAAUCAUCGGAGAAGCUUGGCAUGGGACUCAGCCUUCUUCACUACCCCUGGAGUAUUGGAUCAUGAAGAGUUGUUUGGGAGCUUAAAACUUGGUGAGAAUGAGAUUGACGUAAAUCAGAAAGACUCCAUCAAGAAGACACUUCUUCCUUAUGUUUCUUCUGAGAUCGCUACUCGUCCAAGUUUUGCAUGGGACAAUGCUUUUCUAACCGAGCCAGGUGUUCUUGAUGCGGAGGAAUUGUCUCUAGUGAACAACGGUUUCACUAGUAACACUCAGCCUCGUACCUCUGCUGAUUCCAUGACGACAGCAACUGAAGGAAGCAGAUUCUCUGUGUCGAGCAUUGAGCUUGAUCUGUUUAACGACCUGAGAGCCUCUUUAAGUAAUGUAAAGCAGAGGGGAGCUAAAGAGAUCCAGUGCAAGUUACCAGAUGGAAACAAGAGGACUAAAUGGUAUAAACUGAAAAGUCAACGUUUGAGUCUCAUUCCUCAACCAAAAGUCUAUCCUUCUUCAUCUUCAGUCUCCAAAUCUUUGACUCCUCGUCAAGCUAAACCUGAGAAGAAAGUUGUUGCGAGUGAACAAGGGAAUAAGGGAUCAAAAUCUAUCAUACGAUCAUCGUAUAAAGGGAAGGAUUCGACAUCAUCAUCCUCUGGUCUGAGGUUACCAUUGCCAAAGAUGGGAUUCUUCGAGUCGGAGAAUGAUGGAGACAAAGAAAACAAAGAACCAAACGCUUCUGCAAACAGAAGAAGAAGACACAAGUCCAAACUUGAGACGCUUUCUUCACAAGAAAACCUCAGCGUUUUGGGCCAACGCAAAACGCGAAAGUGAAACGGGCAAUAGCGAAUAUACUUUGGUCUUGUGUGCGUUGCAAGGGAUCGUUUGCGAUAUUGCUAAUUGAGUUAGUGUUUCUUGUUGGAUAAGUUAGCUGUCUUGUCUUUUUUUUUUAAACAGCCGGCGAUAAUUACAAGU